GGGGCCGGCUUCCCGGGGCGCCCCUGACAGCUGCGGGAGCUAGCCCCUACCUAGGAGCUGGACCGGCCACACCACCCCUCUGGUGACCGGCCCCGUUGCGCUGGUCCAUGCUGGUCCCCGCCUUUGUUCUCGGGCCGGAGCGGGGACAUGCACGGCUGACGAUGGAAGUGGAGGACUCGGGCGGCGUGGUGUUGACCGCCUAUCACUCGUACGCUCGCUCUCAGCCGCCCAGCUCCGAGCCGCGCUGUGCGCCCAGGGCCGCCGCCAGCCACCCGGGCAGCAGAAAAUCUAUUCCUCGCUGCCGAAGAAUUAACAGAAUGCUCUCCAAUGAGUCCCUACAUUCGCCUGCAUUUAACCGUUCCAACUCACAAGCCUCCAUAGACAGCACGUCCAUGGAGGACUUCUUGCGGGAAAUAGAAAGCAUUAAAGAGAGUAGCAUGAGAGCACAGGAAGAGCAGAUACCAGCUGAGGUCAAGCCUGUGGAUGAAGGAGAACUCGAAGCAGAGUGGUUGCAAGAUGUGGGUUUAUCAACCUUGAUCUCGGGUAAUGAAGAGGAGGAUGGCAAAGCCUUGCUCUCUACGCUGACUCGAACCCAAGCAGCUGCAGUGAAAAAGAGAUACAAUACUUACACUCAAACCAUGAGAAAAAAGAACAAGCAAUCUGUUAGGGAUGUCAGAGACAUCUUUGGAGUCAGCGAAUCUCCUCCAGAUGAUUUUUGUUGUAUCCCAGCUCCUCUUUUGGAAAUGAUCCUGGAUGAAGAAGUGGUAUCAGCAAUUCCCUGCAGAAAUGGUCAACUGCCAGGUGAUACCUGUGACAAUCAUACUGCUCAGUUGGAUGGUCCCCAGGAGGAAAAAGAGCUGCCAGGAGUUAUGAAAACAAGUGAUUCCUUGACAGAUGAUGCUUCUCUCAACAGUACCGCCCUGUCAGAUGGGUCCCCAGAUGAAGAAGGGAGUUUUACAUUUCCCAGGAGUGGCUCUGUGUCUAUACUUGAGACCAUUCCAGCUCUACCAGUUCAUUCCAAUGGAUCUCCAGACCCUGGACAGUCAGUUCAGAAUGCAGUGAGUGAUGAUGUUUAUCUGGAAAAGAACAUUCCACCAGAAACUGAAGAGCUGUCCUUUGAAGUAUCUUAUUCAGAAAUGGUUACAGAGAUUCCAAAAAGAAACAAAUUUAAGAAGUCCGAAUUUAAGAAAGAGGACUUCGCCUUAACUAAAUUUAUUGUCCAGAAAACCAGAUUCGGUCUAACUGAAGCAGGAGACCUGUCUUCUGAAGAUAUGAAGAAGAUCCGCCAUCUGUCUCUGAUUGAACUGACUGCCUUUUUUGAUGCCUUUGGAAUCCAGCUGAAAAGAAACAAAACUGAGAGAGUAAAAGGACGAGACACUGGGAUUUUUGGAGUUCCGCUCACAGUCCUGUUGGACAAUGACCGAAAGAAGGAUCCUGGAGUGAAGGUUCCCCUGGUGUUGCAAAAAUUUUUUGAGAAAGUUGAGGAAUCAGGCCUGGAAUCUGAAGGAAUUUUUCGACUUUCUGGAUGUACCGCCAAAGUCAAGCAAUACCGUGAAGAACUGGAUGCCAAGUUUAAUUCUGAUAAAUUUAAAUGGGACAGAAUGUGCCAUAGAGAAGCUGCAGUAAUGUUGAAAGCAUUUUUCAGAGAACUACCCACCUCUCUCUUCCCCGUGGAAUAUAUACCUGCCUUCAUCACUCUAAUGGAAAGAGGGCCUCCCAUCAAAGUACAGUUUCAAGCUUUACACCUCAUGGUCAUGGCACUGCCCGAUGCCAACAGGGACACAGCUCAGGCCCUCAUGACAUUCUUCAAUAAAGUGAUUGCCAACGAAUCAAAAAACCGAAUGAGUGUAUGGAACAUUUCUACUGUAAUGGCACCAAACCUUUUCUUCAGUCGAAGCAAACAUUCUGAUUAUGAAGAACUACAGUUAGCAAACACUGCAGCCCACAUCAUCCGCCUAAUGCUUAAAUACCAAAAGAUUCUGUGGAAGGUUCCAUCUUUCCUAAUCAUGCAAGUCAGAAGAAUGAACGAAGCUACGAUGCUGUUAAAGAAGCAGCUCCCAAGUGUCAGAAAGCUGCUGAGGAGGAAGACCAUAGAACGAGAGGUUAUAAGCCCCAAGACUUCAAAGGUACUACAAAAAUCACCCUCUUCAAGAAGAAUGUCUGACGUGCCGGAAGGAGUCAUAAGGGUCCAUGCUCCACUUCUCUCUAAGGUGUCCAUGGCCAUUCAACUCAAUAGUCACACCAAAGCCAAAGACAUACUGGCAAAAUUUCAAUAUGAGAACAGUUAUGGUUCAUCAGAAUGCAUUAAGAUUCAGAACCAACGGUUAUAUGAAAUUGGAGGAAAUAUAGGGCAGCAUUGCUUGGAUCCAGAUGCUUAUAUAUUGGAUGUAUAUCAUGUCAAUCCUCAAGCAGAGUGGGUGAUUAAACCCCAACCAAGUUUUUGAAACACCCUCCAGGAUGGCAGCUAUCAUGUAUCACAUGCCAAGAAGAUUCUGCAUGUGGUAGGGGAAAAAACAAGACUACUUUUGACAUGUUUGCUCCAAUAACUCUCUUGGUGUUUCUCAGCCCAAGUGGUGUCUCCCAGCGUUGUCAACAUGAACCAUGGAGGAGGCACUGGUUGGCUGUUUGAGCUGGGGCUUUCUCCUAUGAUUCCUUGAUAAGAGUGAAGGAAAGAUGAUGCGAUCCUUCCAGAAGAAAGGCCAAUCUAGGAUGUGGAACUCUAAUCAUUUCUAGUACUUUGGUUUCAUAUCAGAAAUGAAUUUGGCCCUAUACCUAGAGAUAAGAAACACUUCUUUAUGUAGCAAAUGCUACCAAAGACAAGAGGUAGAAGAAAAUUGUUUUCAUACCUGUGUUAUAUACAUAGGUGGACCUUUUUGAACAAGAAUGCCAGAAAUAUCAAUAAUUUUUGCUCUGUAAAAUAAUCCAGAUCUACUUUUCAAAGGGAAUCGGUUCCUAAAGUUAUGCAUACAAUAUUUAUGCUCUGACUUGCUCCCAAAUUGGAGGAGGGCGAACUCCUGUUGAAGGAACACUGUAUUGUUAUGUAUGUUGUACUGUAUUAUGACUAUCAGCAUUCUGGUGCAAAUGACCAUUUCUCUAUCGUGGACUAUUGAAAAUUGAUAAUUUUAAAGCUUUUCUGAUGAGCACUGGUCCGUAUAGCAAAGGUUAGUCUGAAAGAGGGUGUCCUUAUUCUUUCGUGACCUUCUGCGUGGUUAAUAGUCACAGAACCACUAUUUUCUCCUCAUGAUUCUGGUGCUCAACGAAUAGCUUUCUCUGUGCCAGACACAGAUUUCCUUUCCUGAUCAAACAUAUCAUUUUUUAUAUUUCACAACUGUAGAUAGUCACUUCUGCCACCCCAAUUUAAAAAUAUAGAACUGCCUUUAUCCAACUGUUCUUUAUCCAAGAAUACUGAAAAAUAGUGUCAUAUCCAGAUUUUAUAUGCUGUAGAAGCAUAUUUUGUUUCUGUUCAUCAACCAUAGACAUGGCCAAGCACUGUGGACUAGCCUCAGUCUUUAAAAUCAGAUGCAGUUUUGGUGAGCUGGAAACUGUCUCACUGUGAAGAUCCUCUGGAGGCAUUUUCCAGACCGGCACUUGGUGAGAACAUACAGUUCUCCACGAGCUAACGGAGAGCAAAUCUGAAAUGUGCCAAGGGGUCAGACGGCUCUGCCUUUCAUCUUGAGACUACAGAUACAGUUCUUCUAGGGUCAGUAGAAUUGGGGACAGAAAUCUCAUUUAUCCCACAUGCAUGCUUUGGAUUAGAAUCCACAGAUUGAGAUUUUGAUGAAUUUGUAUCAAUUUUAAUGAGAUUUAAUGCCCAGAUGACUCUCUUUUGCAGUUCAAACAAUAAAGUUGCUCACAGAUACAGAAGACAUUUCAUCUACUUACCAAUUCUCAAAACGUAAUGUGAUGAUAACUGAAGCCCAUGUAUAGAAGAAAUCUUUUAUAUGCUGCAUUAUGCCUUGAUAUCUCUUAAAACAUUGUUUGUAUUCACCAUGUAGAUAAUUGUGUUUCUGGCCACUAAUAUUUUGUUAUAUUUUUAUAAAAAACUCAAAUAUCCAUUCA